ACAGUCGGCAUCUAUAAAACUAAAACAAAAAACCCCAAAUUAGAAAUGUCAUAAAUGAAUGUUUUUUGUACAAAAAUACCGAACAUUUGUAUUUGCAGCGUUUAGUGCUUAUUUGGACCAAGGAAAUAGAUUGAAUUGAAUAAUCAUGAGUGAUAAUCCAGAACUGAUCUCUCAAUUUACUGCUAUAACAGGUGUUGAUGAAGACAGAGCAAAGUUUUACUUAGAAUCGUCAGCGUGGAAACUCGAUAUCGCUAUUAGCAGGUAUUAUGAAAAUGAUGGUGCCGAAGUCGGUGAAGACAAUACACCUGAUCAGCCUUCCGAAACAGAACACUCUCAUCAAGCAGCACCUCCCAGGCCGAAAUCUAAAACUACAAAUUCGAAUUUCGCCACUUUAAACACAUUAACAACUUCAAGUGACGAGGAGGAAGAAGAAGGUCAAGCUUUUUAUGCAGGAGGAUCUGAACAUAGCGGCCAACAAGUUUUAGGGCCUUCUAAGAAAAAAGACAUUGUUUCAGGAAUGUUUAAAUCUGUGCAAAAACAUGGGGUCGAAAUAGUUGAUCAAAAACCAGGGGGCUCAAAACUUUUCAAGGGCAAGGGGUACAAGUUAGGACAGACAGUUGAUGACUCUGAGGAAGUUGAAGGGGCUGCUGGACCUGCUCCUUCACCGGAAGUUACUUUAAAGCUCUGGAAAGACGGGUUUACAGUCAAUGAGGGGGAAUUGAGAUCUUACACUGAUCCUGCAAAUACUGAAUUUUUGCAAAGUAUUCAGAGGGGCGAAAUUCCACAAGAACUGCGACAAGGCAAUACUGAAGUUUAUCUAGCAAUGGAGGAUCAUCGAAUGGAAACUUUCAAACAAGUGGAUAAGGGCAUUAAACCGUUUACAGGACAAGGCUACACUUUAGGUAGCCCUGCGCCCCCUGUAGUAGGAGCGCAAAGAGAAGAGGACAAACCCGCCAAUGAAGCACGUGCUAAAGAAGCUUUAAAACUAGAUUCUUCCCAGCCAACGACUAAUAUCCAAAUUCGCUUAACUGAUGGUUCAAGACUUGUUGCGCAAUUUAAUCAUACUCACACUGUAGGAGACGUGCGUCAAUACAUUUUAACAGCUAGACCUCAGUAUCAAACAAGAAAUUUCAAUCUACUGUCAGGGUAUCCAUCCCGAAUUUUGGAGGAUUCUCAGACUUUAGCAGAAGGAAAUUUGCUUAAUUCUGCAAUUAUGCAAAAAUUAAUUUAAGUGUGGAAUGUUUUUUAUGAAGGAAUCAUAAUUUAUUAGGACAAUUUUUUUUUGAUAAUGUACUAUUACAAAGAUUAGAUAUUAAAAUUUCAAAAGUA